GUUGGAAGCCCAUAAUAAACCCGAAUCUAACAAGAACCCUUUGAUUCAAGGUACAAAAGUAUGACUGCGUCACACUCAGAAAGUGGAACCCAUGCAUGUUCAUGUCUUUGUAGUUGAAUUGUUUGAGAAGUCAAUUUAAUGAAAACAAAACGUGAUAGCCAAUCUUUUUUUCUCUUAGUUAGCUUUUGCAUCGCUCCUUUGACUUGCAAAAAAAUCCACCAUUAUUUUCAUGAUAAUGGAAGUUACAAACUCACAUGAUUCACCAAACAAAGGACGUCGUCUCACCCCGAUGCGAUCAUCUCUCCCCGUAUCAACACAGCAAAAGAUGGCCAAUGAUGACAGGAAAAAACCACCAAAGAAAAAAGGACGUCUCACCCCGAUGCGAUCACCUAUCCCCGUAUCAAACCCAGUGACUCUAGCGGAACCGUUACUGAUCACACCAGUUGUUGAAGGACGUAAAGUGGAGAUAUUGAAAAGCAUCGUAUAUGGAGGUCUAGCAGAAGCAAUCACAAGCCUCGGUGUUAUCUCAUCUGCUGCUGGUUCUGGUGCUUCAACAUUGAACAUUUUGGUAUUAGGGCUUGCGAACUUAUUUGGCGGGCUUGUUCUCAUUAUUCAUAAUCUCCACGAAAUAAGAAAGGAGGAACCCAUUAGAGAAACAACAGCUGAAAGCCAGACCAAUGGUCAAAAAGAAACUCGGUACAAGCGACUCUUGGGACGAAGAGAAAACUUCAUGCUUCACGCAACAAUCGCAAUCUUAUCCUUCAUAAUCACCGGACUACUCCCACCUGUCGUCUACUACUUCUCAUUCAGCAAAACACACAACAAAGACUACAAAGUGGCAUCAGUUUUUGGCGCAUCUCUUAUAUGUAUCGCCUUGCUCGCUCUAGCCAAAGCCCACGUGAGGAACCCGAGAAGCAGUUAUCUGAAGAGCGUUAUGUACUACGCGAUAACUGCUGUGUCUGUGUCGGGGAUUACGUACGUGGUUGGUAACGUUGUGAAUCAGUUGAUUGAGAAGUACGGAUGGUCUGAUGGGUCUGAAACUCCGGCGGGAGAGAUGAUGCUUUCACUUAUGGGGAGAAAGGCUGGUGGCUUUGGAUACUCAUCAUCGUACUGAACACAGAAUCCAAGGUCGGGUUACUUUUCUCUUUUACUCUGCUUUGUGAGCUCUUGAUAAACCUUUGUGUGUGUGUGUGUGUGUUUUACCUUAUGCCAAAUCUUUGUUGUGUGUACGUAGUCGUUUCCAAGUGUAGGAAGCACAAAAUAAUAAAUGGUGGCUGUAUUCGAAUUUAUUUUUUGUAUCUUACCAGAUUUAUGUGAUAUCAAUACACUAGGAUAAGACCCGCGCCUUGCGCGGGAUUAAGUUAUUCUUUUUAUUAUAUUUUGGAGAAUGAA